AUGACCACAAAUAGCCCUACAAAUCUUAAGAGGAUGCACGAAUAUGCGGCCACUCCUGCAGCAGCCAGCUCGACAGCUGCGAAGAGUUCGAACAAGCGAACGCGCAUCGAGCAAGCAUGCAAUAACUGCAGAGCUUUACGAAGAAAGUGUAAUGCAGCAAGCCCUUGCAAGGCAUGUGCAGACAACAGCCUUGUCUGCACCUACGACGGGGACGUCCAGCCUUCUGAGCGCCUUACUCUUGCCAAAGCUGUAAAGCGGAUUGCAUACCUCGAGGAGCGACUACGGCUUUAUGAAGGGUCUCCAGACGAGGAUGGAGUGUCUCAGCUGUUUAACGUCGAUGUCUUCAGUACCAAACGGACGACGCACAAACCAGAGGAUGACAUGGAUCGGGCACUGCGAGGCAUCAACCGAUUGACACUAGACCCGACAAGGCUGCCCGAAUUUUAUGGCGGAUCAUCGUCGAACAUGAUCAUCAAUGCUAUUGAGUCUACUGAAGACGGUCCAGAUACCGACUUGGUCGAUGCCGAGGACCUGCACAUCCCAGAAAAUCGAGCGCUUCUAUGGCUUGGGGGCCCGUCCCAACUAUCGUUUGGAAAGGCGUCAGGCUCGCUCUUACCACCAAAACCUGUAGCGGAAAGAUACGUAGCUUGUUACUUUCAGACGGCGCAUCGCAUAUUCCCGAUCCUGAAUCGAAGGCUCUUUGUCGGAACUUUCAACGAUUACUACAAUGGUCUACCGACAGAGGGAAAGGGUUACGAAUGGUGGACGACCGUUAUGUACAUGACUAUCGCACUCGGCCAUCAAUACAGCCUCAUUGACUCGGACCCAACCCUCCGGGGCCAAGCUCUUGCGUCGCCACAAGACGGGGAAGCUUGUUUUCUGUUGGCAAAGUCUAGCCUUGUGAAUGUACCUUUUGCAGGGGGUGAUAUAUCUGCUGUAAACAGCCUGAUGCUUAUGUUUCUGUGGCUAUACAAUCAGCAAAGGUUACAUGAAGCAUACGCCGUUCUUGGCCUGGCAGCAAAUGUGGGAUACGGUAUUGGACUGCACAGGGUUUUGAAAAAUGAUCCGGACAACUCAGCACACAUUGUCGGAUGGUGUUCAACUUUCUGGGAAAUAAUGGCCGUAGUUGGACGUCCAUGCACUAUUCAAGCACGGGAAGUCGACAUCACGCCAUUCAACAUGGAAACGUCCCCAGUCGACCUGCAGUACUUGGAGAGAAUGCGACAAUUUACAUACGUAACGUGGGACACUUGGGAUCAGGUUUACUCACUUGCGUACAAGCAUAGCAGCAUAAGCGACCGCGGAAAGGCGCUCCAAAGAGCCGAUGAAACGUUCCAGACGUGGUUUCGGAGCUGGUUUCACGAAUGCCCAUGGACUAAAGAGCCUCACGGACUCGUUAUCCGUCUUCGUUUUCUACAUAUGAGGCUGCUACUUUAUCGCGCAUUUUUGAACCUCGUCGUUGAAAAAACCCGGCGACAUCAACGUGUUGUGGAAAGCGUUCUGGAUUUGGCCGCAAAAUGCGUCGAUAUCUCGUCAGAAACCAUCAAAAUCGUCGUCACAUCGAUUCAUCCCGGUAGCAGCGUGAGUGGCACUCUGCAGGGCAUACUUUUCCACGCCCUUGAGUACCUCUGGAACGCCGCCGUCACACACCUUCUGUGUGCUGCUUAUCCAGCUGUGCAAGCUACUUUGGUCUCAAAAAUUACCUGCAACGUUCCAGAAGAUCUUCGUGCAGCUAUUGGCGUAUUCCGUGUCCAUGAAGAUGCGAUGCCCUUUUCGCGCGCGGCUGGAGAAAAGAUCACCAAUUUCCUUGACAAUACUGUAAGGAAGCAGGGCUCCCAGAGCCAGGCUAGCUCUGCGGUCGACGCAAGCGGAAACUUUUCGGAUGACCACGCUACCUUCGACCUCCCGGAUCUGGACUUCAACCUUGACCUUCCCGUACAAUUCGCCGCGCCAGGCGAUAGCUUCGGUCGCUCGAUUAGGUCCCUCGAUACUCUUUCGAGCCAAGGCCCGCAAUGGGAUUUUGACGAAGAUAUGUUCGUUCUGCAGGCAGACACUCCAUUCUAA